UCCCAACUUGGUCACGACGCUUUACCGAAUGGUUUGCCCCAAAUAUGCACUCUUACAGCCCCGACUUGGUACAUUUCGCCUCUCGCCUGCCGGCGGGACGUAGAAAUGUGCCAAGUUUACGCUCAAGAAACAAAACAUGGAGCGGCGUCGGCGAGCUUGCAUUUCGGAGAAGAUGACUGCACUCCACAACCUCGCCUUGUCUCUGGUCGGCGAAGAUGUAAGUUUAUCGUCCCACCCCCAUUGCCCCACUCACUCACACCAACCUUGACCAGCCUUGGCUGGUACGACUGGCCCGGUUGA